AUGGCUCAAUUUGACCCAAACUUCGUCGUAUCAGUCUUUGUGACGAUGGUGGUUGCCGCCCUGGCCCUCACUGGCCGGCUCGUGGCUCGUUGCAUGACCAAGGUAGUCUUGUGGCUCGAUGAUUACUUUGCCAUCAGCGCGUUUGGACUUUGCAUGCCGGGCUUGGAAUAUCCCUUGAUGACGUUGAGGGCAAGAGCCCCGAGCAAGCACUCCGACAAUCACACCUCUUUCUGUGGAACGCAGAGUUGUUCUACGCCCUCUCCCUCGCCUUGCCAAAAAUUUUCAAUCCUGGGAUUUUACUGGCGCUUUCUCAGCAAGUCCAAUAUCAGAAUACCGAUUCAGAUUCUUGCGACAUGCUCCCUGCUAUGGCUAAUCAUCCGCACGUUCCUCGCCAUAUUCCACUGCGUUCCCGUACAGGCUUUCUGGGAUAAGACAAUUGAGGGUGCCGUAUGUAGCAUCAACGAUUCCAAGUUCUUUUUUGGCACGGUAUUGGUUCAUUUAAUCAUCGACGUAUUCAUCCUGGUGCUCCCUGUUUUGCAGGUCAAGCGUCUGCAGCUUCGAUCUGCUGAGAAGGCAGCUGUUCUAUCGCUCUUCAUGUUUGGUACAUUAGUAUGCGUUACAUCUAUCGUGGUUCUUGUCGAGUCACUCAGGUUUGAUCCCUCGUCCCCGGAAAUGCCUUCAGAUAUUGCAUCCAUCAUGAUUUGGGCUACUGUGGAGGUCAAUCUCGCCAUCGUGUCCUCCUGCCUUCCAAUUCUACGACCGAUCUUGUCUAAGAUAGCACCCAGGUCCAUGCCAUGUCCAGCCGAGACAACCAGCAGCGUCAUUGUGGGCAAGGUGAAGGGAUCGACCUCAGGAGGGUCACGACACACAAAGAAGUUGAUGACUCUAGUUCCACGCGGCAUCUGGCUGAUCCAGAACAGUUGGGGUGUUGUCAAGAUGAUUAUGUAG